AUGCCAGCAGACGCUGGCUCGCGAACAUCAACAGCACCCUAUGGGUAUGGGCCGUCCGGUUCAGCUUAUCGGGUGCAAUUAGCGAAGCACUUCUUGGACUGCAACCCACUGACUGUCAAGACCGUCAGCGUACUGCAGCGACCAGUGAAGCCUCCCAGCUCUAAGAAUGCUGAAAACCUAGAUGUCCAGCAUCAGCGUGAUAAGGCUGCGUUUCAACGUCGUGCGAAUGUGUAUCAACGACACGCGCAUCGCCCCUAUCACCAUCAUGCGCCAGCGGGAAGCAUCCUGACAACGUUUGAAAAAGGGCACAUUGUAGACCGCGGCCGGCGGAAAGUUACGCAGCACGAGGCGCGCGGAGUGUACGACCCCGUUAUGCACGAAUAUCGCAUAGAUCCGUCGCCAGAGGUGGCAGCAGCGACUGUCGCUGAGGCAGCAAAGGAGCGGCCCAGCAGCGCACCACACAGACGCGAGUCAGCGGCCCCGGAACCACACCACAAACGGUCCACGACGCCCUUCGAGCACAAAUACCUGCAGGUUACCCGUGGCACAUAUAACCCGCUCACACAUGAGUACAUUGACCAGCCGGAGGCGGAUUAUGCCCAGCGCAAGGAGAAAGAGUUCGAGCGCAGGCACGGGCUGGGCGCAAUGCGACGCGUGCAACCACAGACAUCAUGUGACCCAAUACUUUGGAAUAGGGAUGUAUCGGUUCAAACCUCGGAGUCAACGCAAGAGGCAUCCACGGCGUCCGCGGUGGAGGGAAGCAGUGCCAGCUCAGCACCAGCGACACGGCGGCAACGGCCCACGAGCGCACCGACGGCACGCUCGCGCAGGGCGGUGGCAGGCCGGGGCGUAUACAAUCCCCUGACGCAUCAAUGGAACAUGCCGCCCGCGAACCCGGACCACGAAAAGGCGGAUGAGGUGGCUCAGCGGCGCAUGGGGAUAAGCGGUAAGGGUGUAGGUCGCACCUGCACCCCCGGGCAACAGGGCGUCUACAACCCCAUCCUCAACACCUGGACGGUGCUGCCCGCCAACCCCCGCCUGAUCGACGGGCUGGCCUUCAUGCCUGCCACGCUGUUCAGCAAGCCAACCCCUGCAACAAUUCGAAUGUGA